ACACAUCCGGGGCUUUGCUAAUAAUUCGUCCUUUCUCGCCGAUAUUCCAAGAUGGUGUACAAGCGUUUAGUGGAAAUUGGUCGUGUGGCUCUCAUAAACUCGGGACCCGACGAGGGGAAACUGUGUGUGAUCGUAGAUGUGGUGGAUCAAAAUCGAGCACUGAUUGAUGGGCCUUGUACCAAUGUCUGCCGCAAGGCCCUUAAUUUCAAGCACCUGUCACUGACCGACUUCAAGGUCAAGGUUGGCCCCUCUGCCAAAAGUGGCCCAGUUAAGAAGGCCUUUGAGAAAGGCGAGAUCCUUGAAAAAUGGGAGAAGACAGCAUGGGCUAAGAAACUGGUCACGAAAAAGAAGCGAACUACUCUCACUGACUUUGAUCGCUUCAAGCUCAAGCUGGCCAAGCAGAAGGUAGGCCUUUGCUGUUUUGUCUACCAAUUUUGCAAUUUUUGUUUUUAAUCCAAAUGCACCAUG